GGAAUACUUUCAAUGCAUCACGUGAUGUAUCUCUAAUGGCAGUAACCACCUAAGGCUUAACUUUCUAAUCGCAUGUGACAAUAAAUACCAUUGUGCUCGGCACAUGGAUUCAGUUGUAGCUUCACCUAAGGACGAAGCAAGUUCCAUCCGUGGGUUUGUAAAUAAACCAGUGGCAAAUUCAGAUUCGGUUGCUUUUAUAGAAAAAAAAAAUCCCUGAUGUUAUGAAGAAUAACGGAUGAAAAGGAAGUAACAGUGAACAACAAGCGAACUAUACUGUGCAGUGGAUAAUUUGUACAAAUAAAUAGCGGUGAGGUCGUCACGUGCUGAUUGACUUAAAGGAAGGUUCUAUGUCCUUGGAAGGACUGAGCAAGAUGGUGAACUUAGAAGCUGGUCCAUUUGGCGUUGUGAAUUGGAUGGUCUGCAUCAUCCUACUUAUGGUGUCCAUUUUAGUUGGCAUUAUCUGCUCUCUCAGAGGAAGAGGCACCAAUGCAUUUGAAGAUUACCUCUUGGGAGGUCGUCAGAUGUCUUCCUUACCAGUUGCGUUGUCUCUCAUAGCCAGUACCAUCUCUGCGAUCUCCAUGUUAGGCCUUGCCUCUGAGAUGUACUUCUAUGGAUCCCAUUUGUAAUCAUCCUGGCCGGGUUAUUGUAUGGCACGUUUUUCGUCCAGUUGUUGAUGGUUCCUAUCCUGUAUCCUCUGGACAUUCUAUCUAUUAAUGAGUACAUCACGUUGAGGUUUGGAUCUCAAGGACUGAGGAAGCUGUCGUCGGCAACUCUGGUGAUUAGCAAUUUGAUAUACAAUGGGAUCUGUCUGUACGCCCCGUCCCUCACCCUGUCUACAGUGACAGGGCUCUCCACUAACUACUCCAUCACCAUCAUGGGACUUAUCUGUUCCUUCUACAUUACCGUCGGUGGUGUCAAAGCAAUAGUAUACACAGAUGUCGUACAAACUAUAUUUAUGUUUCUGGGAAUGAUAACGACCGUGGUUAUCUGUGUUCUGGAUUUCGGCGGGCUGAGCAAUAUCUUCUCGAUAGCCAGUGAAGGUGGGAGGAUGGAGUUUUUCAACUUUGACCCAAGUCCCUACGUACGAUACACUUUCUGGUCUGUGCAGGUCCUUGGCUUCUACACUGUGAUUGGAAGGUUAGGAGUCAGUCAGAUGGGCUACAUGCGGCUCUCCUCUGUGCCGUCUCUUGCUAAAGCUAAAAGAUUGUGUUCUUAUUACUUCGUGGGUCAAUGCGUCCUGUGGCUGACAUUCCUCUUCUCUGGCCUCGUGGCCUACGUGGCCUACAGCGACUGUGAUCCGCUGACCUCCGGGAGGAUAGCCGAACCCGACCAGAUUCUGCCCUACUUGGUGGUCCACAAGAUCUCCCACGUGCCCGCAUGGCGGACUCUUCGCUGCAGCCGUCUACAGUGGCAUGCUUAG